AUGUGGAUGCAUGCAUGCAAGCUGCAGGCAACAGUGGCAGAGUACAGGUCCUUACAGCAGCAGCUGGAGGGGAAGCUGAGCGCUGCUGCUGACAAUUUCAAAGCUGCCCAGAAGGAGGCAGCUACAGCUGCGCAGGCAGCCGAGCAGCGCCUGACUCAAACCCAGGAGGAGCUUGUGGCAGCCAGGACGCAGCUGAAGGAGUCAGCGCAUGCGGCGGCUGCAGCCACCGAGCGCGCGGACGAGUUGGAGUGGCGGCUGAAGCGGCAGGAGGCAACGCUGGCUGAACGGCUGCGCAUGGCCGACCAGGCCAAGCAGGCCACGGAGGGGCUGUCAGAGGAGGGGCUGCGAGCGGUGCGCGAGAAGGCGGCGUUUCUGGGAGAGGAACUGCGCGCGCAGCUGGCAUACUCGCGAGAGAUGCUCGCGGAGGAGCGGCGGCUGCGGCGCGCAGCCGAGGCGGCCGCCGCGGAGACGGAAGCCGGCCUGAAGCUGCGCCUGGAGGCGGCCUCCGCUGACAUCAGCGCCCUGCGCGACCAGGUGAACUCGAAGCGCACAAGAAUCCAUGGCCUGGAGGAGGCAUGCCGCCAGCAGCAGACAAAGGCGGCCAUGGAUGUGGUGACCUCACUCGUGGGCGAUCUCGAUCCGCCGGACACAGAGCCGCGCAGGCGGCCGUCCCUGGGCGACGCGGCUGCUGCGCAGCUGCCGCCCUUGCCUGAAGCUGACUCGCUGGCUGCGCCGCCCCCGCAGCAGCACGCCCCCCAUGCAGGCGCAGAUGCAGCAGAACCUGGCAGGGAGCAGCAGCCCCCCAAGAAGCAGAAGCGGGGCAGCAAGAGCAAGGCAGCACAAGCCGAGCAGCUGGUGGCAGCUGGAAGCUUUGCAGAAACCGCGCAGCCUGCAGCCAAGCCAUCUCAAGCAGCAACAAGCGCCGCACAAGAUCCAAGCGACAAGAAGAGCCAGGCGAGGGCUGCAAAGAAACAAGCCAAGGCCGCAGCUGGGGCAGAAGAGGCAGAAAUUGUGGGUGCUGCCAAAGUAGACAAGCGGGGUGACAAGGCAUCAAAGAAGCGCAAGACGGAGGAGGCGGCUGCAUCAGCCGCCAAUACCAGCGAGCAGCAGGCAGAUGAGUCAACGCACGACGCAACGAUGACUCAUGAUGAGUCCGCAAUGACUCAAGGCGGCGGGCGCGCCAGAGCCGCCCGCACGCGCGCCAGCAAGGCGCCCUACUGGAUGGGCGGCGCGGCCGAUGAUGACUCAGCGCCAGCUGGCGAUGACUCACCCACUGAUAAGUCACCGGGCGGCGCAGACCCGGAGGCCGACAGCGACUGGGAGGCGCCGAAGCCAGCGGCCAAGAAGCACAAGGGUCAGGAGCCUCAUCAGGCUAUGGCAGAGGAAUCCAAGCCUGACAAGCCGAAGCGCGCGCGCAAGAAAGCGCAGGAAACUGCGCAGCAGCCGCCGGACGAUGCUGAGGUGGCGGAGGGGUCCGCUGACGUGGCAGAGAAGCCGGCAGCUGCCGGGAAGGGGCGCCGAAAGCUGGUCAAGGCCGGCCAGGCAGCUGCCGGCGAGGAGGAAGCUGCUGAGCUGGCGGCAGAUGCGGUGGAAGAAGCACAGCCACAUGCCAAGAAGGGAGCUCAGAGGAGGAAGGGCAAGGGCGCUGUGUCAGCUGCUUUGGGAGAGGCAGCGCAGCCGGAGCAGCCACAAGAGGAUGUCACCACUGCAGAUCAUGCCGUCACAGACAGUGGCGUCAACACGGAGGUGGAGCAGGAAGAGCAGCAAGAUGUGAAGAUCGCUGCAACACAGGAGUUGAGCCAGGGACCUGCACAGAGUGCAGCUGAGUUCACAGUCAAUCCCAGAAAGGUGUCUCAGUGGCAGCAAAGCCGCCCCGAAGGCGUCUCAAAGGUCGACCUGACCACUGUCUGGGGCCACACUCGGACGCCGCUGGCCGACACUGCAACUGCCGCAGGAGUUGCAGCAGACAAGGAGGCCGCCGGACCAGGAAAGGAGAAAGAAAAUGGCGACGCAGCGAAGGCGGCGGCAGGGCAUGAGCUGAUAAAGCCGGUGCCGGGGCGCUCACGCUUCGGCAGCCAGUCGGAGGCGAACCCUCUCGCGGCCCUCAACCCCGGGGUGCUGGCAGCUGCAGUGAAGGCGCAGCCGCGGGGAUCAUAUGUGUCUGGACUCAGUGCUCCCAACAGAGGGGGUGAGGUGGCGGCAGGCAAGCGGCGGCUGCUGCCCGCGCCCAAGCCCAUGGGCAGCGUGGCUGCCCUGCCACGCAGCAUGCUCUUUGGGCAGAACUUCCAGAUUCCCAAGCUCAGCCAGUGA